AUGGGCGUGGCGCUGCGCGCGGUGGUGGCGGUGGCGGAGCCCAAGGCGAAGGUGGAGGCGUACCGCGCGCUGCUCGCUGACGUCAUCGCGCGCAACGACGUGGAGCACGCCAAGCUGUUCGUCGACCACAGUGCGGCCAUGGGGGUGGGGGGAGCGGGGAGUGGGGGGGUUUGCGGGAACAGGGGGUGGAGAGGAGAGCGAGGGGGGUUGCGGGAGGCCGGGGGGUGGCGAGAAUGGGGGAGGAGGGAUGCGUGCGUGGGGGGGUGGGACGGGGUAUGGAUGGUGGGUGCGGCGACGACUGCUGAUGCCAGUAGCGGAUUGUGCUUUGGACUCUGGGGGGCGGAGCGAGCGAGCGACCGAGUGGUGCUUGUGCGGGCUGCUGCUUGCGGGGACCGUGGCCGUGAAAGGCGGAGGCGGCAGCAAGUUAGAGGCGACACCACUUUUCCUCGUUCGUUCCACAACCAACUCCCCUUUCACCCCUCCCUCAUCCCCACCUCACCCCUCCCCUCAAACCCCAUUAACCCCCCCGCUAACCCCCCCCCCCCCCCCCCCCUUCCCCCACCCUCACUCACCCGUCACCCCCCUCCUCAACCCCCUUUCCCUCCUUGUCCCCGCUCCAUGCGGCAGUGCUAUCAGGACGUGCCCCUGAUGGUGGCGCGGCAGGUGCUGCAGCAGCUGCCACUCCGUCCCACCAGCCUCUCUUCUCACCCUCCUGCAUCUUGCCUCACCUCCCCUCCCUCCCCUCCCCCCCCGCACCCCCCGCACGCACUGCCGCCCGCAGUGCUAUCAGAGGACGUGCCCCUGGUGGUGGCGCGGCAGGUGCUGCAGCAGCUGGCGGGCGAGCUGGGGGGGCUGCGCGCCGAGCAGCACAAGGCUGUGGCGCUCUACGCCCUGGCGCACAUCCAGCCGCGCGUCGUGUCCUUUGAGGAGCAGGUGGCGGUGAUCCGAGAGGGGCUGGCAGCGGUGUACGAGGGCGAGGAGGAGUGGGCCAAGGCGGCUCAGAUGCUCGCAGGCAUCGACCUGGAUGGGGGCAGCAGGGGCCAGGAUGUGAAGUACCGCCUGGGCAAGUGCAUCAAGAUCGCUCUGCUCUACCUCGAGGACGACGAUGCAGUGAGUGCGGAGACGUACAUCAAGAAGGCAUCCUUCGACAUCGGCGAACACAAGGACGAGGCGCUCACACUGCAGUACAAGGUGUGCUAUGCACGGAUUCUGGACUCCAAGAGGAAGUUCCUGGAAGCUGCGCUCAAGUACUAUGACCUCUCCCAGCUGGACCAGAGGGAGCUGGGCGGCAAGCAGGUGGAUGAGGAGGAGUUGGAGGCGGUGCUGAACGCCGCUGUCACCUGCACCAUCCUCGCUGCUGCCGGCCCCCAGCGCUCCCGCAUGCUCGCCACGCUCUAUAAGGACGAGCGCUGCAGCAAGCUGAAGAUCUACCCCAUUCUGCAGAAGGUGUAUCUGGAGCGCAUCCUGCGAUCCCCCGAGGUGGAGGCAUUUGCCAAGGAGCUCAAGCCGCAUCAGAAAGCGGUGCUACCAGGGGGGUCAACGGUGCUGGACCGGGCAGUGAUAGAGCACAACCUGCUCAGCGCCAGCAAGCUGUACACCAACAUCAGCUUUGAAGAGCUGGGUGCUCUGUUGGGCAUUGCCCCGCACACGGCGGAGAAGGUGGCGGCGCGCAUGAUAUCGGAGGACAGGAUGAAGGGCAGCAUCGACCAGGUGGAGGCGGUGAUUCACUUUGACAACGACACGGAUGACCUGCAGCAGUGGGACCAGCAG